CUAUCUAUUUUCCUUUUUGGCUCAUGUUAUAUACAAAUAAAAGGAAAAUGACAUUGAGAAGAGGUGUAAGACUUGGAAGCAGCCAAGGGACUUCGCCAUGGCAUUUUUCUGAAUACCACCACCGGUUCUCCUUUUGGAGGCCUAGUCAUUGCUUGAUUCUCUAUUCCUAAGCUCGCCGCACCCACUCAUACGCAUCUCAUUAAGCCCUAACCUAAACCCUUCAAACCCUCUUCUCUAUCUGUUUCUACUUGGUUCUUCAUAGACUUCUGUUAGAGUUUCAUAAAAGAAGGCAUCAGAUCCUCAACGAUUUCAGUUCUAGCAGGGAGAGCUAAGCCACCUAGUUAGCUCUCUCAGCUUAUUACAACACCUCAGGGUUAAUUAAUUUAGUGGGUUUCUAGCAGCAAACAAUCAAUCUGUUUCAAUGGCAGCAGCUACACACUUGUGUGGAAUCAAGGCUCCUUAUUGUUUUUCAAAGAAGGCUCUACAUUCCCAAUCUUUUUGCUCACAGAAGAGACUCAAUUUUGAUCUGCUCACUGAAUCGUGUGGGACAUUAAGAGUUUCAUAUCCAAGCAAGGGAAGAGGAGGACUAAGGGUUGUUUGUGAUGCGAGAAAGAAUGAUGUUUUGGUACAAAGUGAACCCAAAAGUCAAGGUUUGGAAGAAUCAAUUAACCAGCUAUCAUGUGUGAUGAAGUUUGGUGGAUCUUCAGUAGCCUCAGCAGAUAGGAUGAAAGAGAUAGCUGAACUCAUCCUCAGUUUUCCAGAAGAGAAUCCUGUGAUUGUCCUCUCUGCUAUGGGGAAGACUACCAACAAGCUUAUAGUGGCUGGAGAAAAGGCUGCAAGCUGUAUUUCUGAUGUUUCUGAAAUAGAUGAGCUGACCUUUGUGAAAGAACUGCACUACAGGACAGUGGACGAGCUUGGAUUAGACAAAUCACUCAUAACAGACCACCUAGAAAAAUUAGAGAGACUUCUGAAUGGGAUUGCUGUACUUAAAGAUAUGACUCCACGUGCAAGAGACUACUUAGUGUCAUUUGGGGAAUGCAUGUCCACAAGAAUAUUUGCAGCAUACUUGAAUAAAAUCGGUGUCAAAGCUCGCCAAUAUGAUGCAUUUGAUAUUGGGUUCAUAACAACUGAUGACUUUACUAAUGCGGAUAUUCUAGAAGCAACCUAUCCAGCUGUAGCAAAUAAACUACACAGUGAUUGGAAUAAUGAUCCUGCAAUCCCUAUUGUUACUGGCUUCCUUGGAAAGGGUUGCAGAACUUGUGCAAUCACUACAUUAGGCAGAGGUGGUAGUGAUUUGACUGCCACAACCAUCGGUAAAGGAUUAGGCUUGCGAGAAAUUCAGGUGUGGAAAGAUGUAGAUGGUGUUUUGACAUGUGAUCCCAACAUAUAUCCAGGUGCAGAACCUGUGCCUUAUUUAACUUUUGAUGAGGCUGCUGAACUUGCAUAUUUUGGUGCUCAGGUUCUUCAUCCACAGUCUAUGAGGCCUGCAAGAGAAGGUGAUAUUCCAGUCAGGGUUAAAAAUUCUUACAACCCUAAUGCUCCAGGUACCCUCAUCACUAAGUCAAGAGAUAUGUCAAAGGCGAUACUGACUAGCAUUGUUUUGAAACGUAAUGUGACCAUGUUGGAUAUUGUUAGCACUCGUAUGCUUGGUCAAUUUGGAUUCCUGGCUAAGGUAUUUUCAACUUUUGAAGAUUUGGGUAUUUCGGUUGAUGUUGUAGCCACUAGUGAAGUUAGUAUUUCUUUAACAUUGGAUCCUUCAAAGCUUUGGAGCAGGGAGUUGAUUCAGCAGGAACUUGAUAAUAGGUCAUCACUUAUAUUGGAGAAGGUAUUUCAUGUUCUUCGUACAAAUGGAGUGAAUGUUCAAAUGAUAUCUCAAGGAGCAUCCAAGGUGAAUAUAUCGUUGAUAGUUAAUGACAGUGAGUCGGAAAAAUGUGUGAGGGCUCUCCAUUCGGCUUUCUUUAAGACUGAUCUUGCUGUUGCUGACCUAGUCAACCACAAUGGAAAUGGAAAUGGAACCUAAACCCUAAACCAUAAACACUAAAAUGCACUAGUAACUAACUAAUGUAUCCUCGGCUUGAUUUUAGGGAUUCUAUAAUAUAAUAGAGGGCUAUAUAUUCAGAAUGGUCACAAACCAUGACUCCAUGGAGGGCUAUGUAUUUAUUGUAAGCAAAUCCCAAAUAAUGAAUCCUUGCUUGAUUUUAGGGCUUCUUUCUAUGGACAAUUUUUACUUUUUGUAAUCUAUGG